GCUUCUGUCUGCAUUUUGUUUUGGGGGGGCUCCUUGGGAGCUCGAACGUCCGCCGACGAGCCAUGCGGCUCAAGAGCGACCUCAAGAUGGACUCGGAGGACCAGCACUGGCUCCAGCUCAUGCCCCUCUCGGGGGUCAUGUGGCGCGAGACCGAGCUUUGGGGCGACAUCGCGCUGGAGCUUCGCAGGCCCGACUCGGCCGCCAGGUGCAUCCACGAGAGCUGCAGCUUCUGUCGGGAGCGUCCGAAGACGGAGACCGCCAGGCUCAGCCCAUCCACGCCAGAGGAUGUGAGGCUCACGCCGCUGCCCAUGGUCUCGCCCUAUGCGGGUCCUCUGUGCAGCCGCCGCCGCCGGAGCGCCAGGAGCCAGCGCGAAUACUGCAAGCGCCGGGAGAAGGCCUAUGGAGCCGGGGACAUCAGCCUCACACGAAGCACGGUGGAGAUGCAGAUGCCGGCCUUCCGCGUGCUGCGGGAGGACGUGGUGCGCCUGGACGAGGCCAAGCACACGGCCGCGGAGCUGCUGCAGAGCCAGAACCGCAAGAGGGAAGCGGCCAAGUUCGCCUCGCGCCCGGGCACGCGCUUCGGCACCGAGCGUGGCGGGCGCCGCGGCGGCCGCAGCCCCGCGUCGGGGCGCAGCUCGCCGCGGGCGCGGAGGCGCCGGGCGAAGCUGUCGGCGUCCUCCGCGUCCUCGGAGGACGACCGGACCUCCGAGGACGUGCAAGCCAUCUUGCGCUUCCGGGAGCGUCGCCACUCCGCGCUCUGCGAGCGCCCUCCCGCAGCACCAGAGGAGAAGGACCGGCGGGUGGAUCUGAAGCCGACGGUGAGCGUCUCCUUCGCGGACCGCAGCAGCUCCGCGCACGAAGAGCCCAGACCCUGGAGCCCCUCCAAGCCGGCGAGUGUGGAGAACGACCUCACAACGCGGGGGAGACGCUUGAUCCACCGGCAGAAGCAGAAGUUGGCCUUGGACCGCUCGGUGAUACGAGCCGACCGGCGGGCUCACAAGGCGGCAGCAAACGUGCUGCGGGAGAUGGCUCGGCAGGCUCUGCUCAAAGAAGGCGAGCGCAUCGCUGAGCUGGUGCGGGAGAAGGACGAGCAGAUGGUCCUCACAGACUUCGAUCGAUAUGACGAGGACGGGGACGGGCUGCUGCAGCUCACGGAGAUCCGUGGGGUGCUGGCGGACGCCGGGUUGCUGCCCAGCAGCGAUGAGGAGAAGGCCGGUGUCCGGCGCACCGUGGUGAAUAUGGUUAUGAAGGUGGAGGACGGGGAGACGGACGAGGAGAAGGAGCUCACGGAGGCCUUGGGGAACCCCGCCCUGGUCCAGCAGCGCCAGGAGGAGUUGGCGCGGUCCGUGGGCUUGGUGAAGGAGCAGCUGCCGGAGCUCCUGCAGCGCAUCAGGAAGAGGCUGAGGGUCGCGCGGCAGAAGCUGCACUUCGCCCACUUCACGCAGUGCGACGCUCAGGACGAGGGCGAGCUGGAGGUGCAAGACAUCCUCAAGCUGCUGGAGGACCUAAGGGCGUUGCCGGAGACCGAGGAGGCACGGAGUGACUUCGCACGGUGGCUGCUGAGCACCGUCAAGGGCAAGGAGCAGAAACCUGCGCCGUCGGCGUCGCAAGCGCCGCCCGCGCCGGCGCCGCCGGUACCGGCCGUUCCGGCCGUUGGUGAGAAGCAGCGCAGCCACAAGCGCGCGAGCACCCUCACGGUGGCCAAGGCGAAGCGCCUGGCGCGCUCAGGGUCCAAGUCCCCCUCUUGGAGCGAGGACAUGGAUGAAGUCGUGCACACCCCUCGAUCCGUGUCCAUCGAUCCGAGAGCCUACGGGGAGAAGACGGAGGCCGAGAAGCGGAGCGGGUCCAAGGAGCUUUUUAUGGAGGACGUGGCCUUGGAGGACCUCCCGCGGAUGCUGACGGAGGUGAGGUUCGACAAGUUCGAGUUCGAGGUGAUGGUGGACUUUUUGCACGAGGCCCACGGGCGGCUGGCGGCGUCCCGGCAGCUGCAGAUCGCGGAGGACUUCGGGCUGAGCCGCGGGCUCUUCCAGGAGUUCCGGAAGGAGCUGGAAACCAUGAGGGACCUCUUCUAUUCCUUUGACGACACUCGCUCAGGGGUGCUCAAGAAGGUGGAGGUUUGGGUGGCUCUCAGCAACCUGGGCUUGUUGCCCGCCACAGACCAGAACAAGAUGAUCAUGCUGGUGAUGAUCAACGUGGCCUGCGACGGGAUCCAGAGCCCCCUCUGCGCUCGGUUCCGCUCCUCCGUGCCCAGGAAGAGCGCCCGGUGGCAGGGCACCCGGGGCGCGCUGAAGGCGCUGCUGCAGAGCUCGGAGUUCCUCACGCUGGCGUCCCAGUGCGGGCCGCUGGACGAAGGCUGCAUGGAUUUCCCGGGCUUCCUGCAGUUGGUGCAGACCGUGCGGCAGAUGCAGUCGAGGUCUCUGCGCGAGGAGCUCGCGCCCCUCUUCGAGCGGAUGCUUCGAAGGCGGAAGAAGUCGGUGAACUUCGGCUGCGAUGCCGUGGGUAUGCCGGAAGUGUCCCAGGCGCUGGAAGUGCUACAGCUGGGCCCAAAGCACCGAGAAGACCAGACGAAGAUCUUCGAGUUCCUGAACGAGGUGAACGAGUUCGGCUUCAAGCCCUUGACCUUGGACUUCGAGGCCUUUGUGCGCUUCGUGCGCCAGGCCAAGGAGUGGGAGGCCACCCGGACUCGCGUGGACGAUCGCGAGUACGGCAAGGGGCUGGGGCUGAAGGAUGGCAUGGUGGACGAGUAUCGGGUGAUCUUCGACGUCAUCGACAGCUCCGGGGGCGGAGAUCUGGACCUCAUCGGCGUGAAGCGCGCCUGCGGCCUGCUGGGCCUGAAGAGCCUGACCUUCGACGAGCUGAAGGAGCUCUUUGAGACCCUGGACAUCGACAAGAGCGGCACCAUCUCCUUCCUGGAAUUCCUGCACAUGACGUUGCUGGUGAACCCGGGCAAGCAGAGGUUCCGGGCGCCUGCGAAUGGCAGGCCCUUUGCGCCCUUCGAUCUUCGACUUCUGGGCCACACUUAGCAGAAACUCAAAGCGAACAUAUGGCUGUGGG